GCUGCAUGUCUUCCGCUAGAAAGCGAGCGCCGAGCAAUAUCGCGAAUUUUCUAGACUCUCACGCCUUGGUAACGGGACCAAGCCGCCAGCGCACGCCGUCGCACAUAGCCUUGCGCGUCUUUUGGUGAAGCGAAGGUUGGUUCAUCGAGUAGUCAAAGCUUCCUCGUCGACGCUACCGUGUGCCGCCGGUACCACUGGGAAAACAUGGCCAAGUGGGGCGAAGGUGACCCGCGAUGGAUCGUCGAAGAACGGCCCGACGCUACCAACGUGAACAACUGGCACUGGACCGAGAAGAAUGCCUCGUAUUGGUCCAAGGACAAACUUAACGAGCUCCUUACCAACAUCGAAGUGAGUGACUCUAGAGGGACCUGCAAGAUCGUGGAAAUGCCCAAAUGCGAAGGUGAAGCUGUCGCCAACAACCGGAAGGCGAAGCUCAUCUUCUUCUACGAGUGGGUCAUUGAACUUAAGUGGCAGGGUGAGCCAGAUGACAGUGAUGAGCCCAUUGAGGGGAAGGUGGAGAUACCGAACUUGAGUGAAGAGCAUGACCCAAGCGAUGUGGAUGUGACAGUGACUGUCUUGUCUAAAGGUGAUAAGGCUGAAGCACUAAAGGAGUUGAUGAGAUCGAAGGGUACCCAAAUAAUCAGAGAAAGGCUAGAAACCUACAUUGCAGCACUUAAGCAAGAAUUCUCACAAGGAAUGAUUCUUCCUACAAGAAGUGAUUCCAUCAACCAGGUCAAGUCGACAGGCAAGACUGCAGUUAACUAUAAGCAAACGCCACUAAAUGGCUCCUCGGGUGACAAGGCACCCAGCCUCGUCAAAGUGGACACCACUAGCAUCAUGCAGGUGGAGAGUUUCAAGUGCACAGCUGAAGAGGUUUACCGAGCCCUGACUGUCAAGGAGAUGGUGCAGGCUUUCAGCCAGAGCCCAUGUGUCUUGGAAGUGCAGAAAGGAGGAAGAUUCGAACUAUUUGGAGGCAACGUCAGCGGAACCUUCCUCGAGCUAGUCCCAGACAAGAAGAUCCGCAUGCGGUGGCGGUUUGGCAGCUGGCCCCAGAGUCACUACUCUGACGUGACCAUCAAUAUCGAGCAGAAGUCUGACUGCACCGAGGUGACGCUGACGCAGGAAGGAGUCCCACAGGGAGAGGCGGACCGCACACGAGAUGGCUGGCAGCGCCACUAUUGGGACAGCAUGAAACGAACGUUUGGCUUCGGAGCCAUUCUGUUCUGAGUCGGGAACUUGUGUGGCCAGCUACGCCAGCAAUGGCAUAAGAGGACGUUUGCUUGACUCUGAAAUGCUGCUGUGCACACCCCGCCACACGCCAUGUCGGAUAACGAUGAUGGGUGGUGGAUUGUGUACUGACUUUGCGUGAUGCGCUCGUGUUCGGGUUGGGAACACGUGGAAAGUAUGAGACUGCCAUGACUGUUUGUGAGGGAAAGGGGUGCUGAAGCGUCCGGAUACUAAUUCACGCAUUUUUACUGGUCUCCCAUUUUGCAUCGCCUACUUCGAAGUGUCCUAGUGUGCAACAACUGGGUUCGUGACAUGCACCACAUUAAUGGUAGCCUUCUUUUUUCUUUCUUUUUUUUUCUGCUAACAGCCUUGAUUUGUUAGCAUAUUUAACAAAAAAUGUCAUGCCACAUGUGCAAAUGUCAAGGCAACCUGAAUGAAUUCAAUGAAGCCCAGUGAUUAUUUUUUCCAUGCUACUGGAUGGUUGGCUCAGCUUUGUGUGGCUGGUGUGAGUAGCAAUUUGUGAAUGCUGUAGUUUUACUCGGCAAACAUUGUUUGAUCUUUUAAAAAGAAAAAGAUUUAUUAUUGCUUUCACAGGAAAGGCUUUUGUGACAAAGUGACGGGAUUUGACAGAAAACAUGUCACAAAUACAGCUUGUCAUAGUUUUCAUUGAUGUUAUCAAUCUUCCAGAAAGAAGACCUGCAAAAAUAUGCGGAAGGCAAGCCAGUUUUCCCAUGCUGCCGGUUAAUUUGGAGCCUGUCCAACUCUGGUGAUAUUCCAAAACAUUUGUGUGCAAGUGUUAUUGGAAGCUGUAAAUAAAAUGUCCUCAUUAA